AUGUCUGCCAACUCUGGAAGCGGCGGAGUGAGGAACCUUCGGGCCAUGUUUGAGAAUAAAGUCAGCGAUCAAUCUACAUCUCCCCCAAGUCGAGGCCGAUCUCCAAAUCCCUCAGAACUUUCCAGCAGCAGCAGACCCGUGAGCAAAGUUCGAACAAGCUUUGUUGCAGUGGAAAGACCCGGAGAAAAUGGAGGCCCCCCGAUCCUAGGUCUUAGGAGGACUAGUGAAGUGAGCAGUUUAGGAGAAAUCAAAGAGAGCACAACUGUGGACACUGGAAAUAUUGAAAAGAUGCCUUCGAACACCGAAACGCGAAAGGACGAAAAUCCGAUCGCAGUCCCCGAGAAGAAGCCGUCUGUGGAGAAUAGCAUAGAAGGCGGAUUGGGAAAUAUUUUGAAAGGAUCGGCUUUUGUUGAAAAUACGCCCUCGAAGCCCCCCUCGGAGGCCAGGAAAUUGGGUGACGCACUUUCUUCUGGACAAGCACAAGAAAAGAUUGCGAGAUCACCGUCCAAAUCCAAGGAUGAGACCAAGGCCGCUUCAAUGGUGGAAAAAAUGCGAGGAGACGGGGAAAAACAAGACCCUCCACCGAGUACGACCCUUCAGACCACGAAAACUGCGCAGCCAGUCAAGGCACCACCUACAAGACAGACUGUCGCCAAGCCGGCCCCGAAAUCCCCUGUGGUCUCGAAGCCUUCUUCCAAGACCCCAACGUCGCCAGCUGCACAUUUGAAAGGAGGAGCUGCAAAAAUAAAAGGCGUUAUGGAAUCCGCCAAGGAGGCGCAACACUCGAGAGAAGUAACAAAGCAGAAUGCGGCAAAGACGGUACAGGUACAGGCAGAAAAGGCUCAAUCCUCUGCGCCAAAGCUAGACACUCAAUCCAAGACGAAGCCCGCCCCGGAAGCUGUCAAGAAGGAGAAGACUCCCACAUCUCCCCACGUUGUCAGGUCGCCCAAAGCGGUCAAACCCAAGUCACCCACGAAGCCUGGAAAACUUCCCGCUGCAGCUACUGCAACGACGGCGUCAUCAGUUGCCAAAAGCGACAUGCACCCUUCACCCACGGAAUCUGAAUUUCGGAAGUCAGUGACCAAAAAGCCAUCCGCCAUAUCGAUACGACAACCUCGGGUCAGUACUUCAUCUACAACUUCCACACUAGCGAAGAAGUCGUCACGUGCUUCCCUGACCAAUGGCCAUGACAGACCCAAAUCUCGAGUCAGUGCAAGCAAACCAGAUGAGGGAUUUCUAGCGAGAAUGAUGCGACCGACAGCGAGCAGUGCCCAAAAAGUUCAUGACAAGCUUCAAAUCAACAGCCCGCCGAAGCCGAGGCCCGCAUCUGCAAAUCAGAUCAAGCACAUUGUGAAGCAGAAAGCCCCGCCGAAAAUGCACCUGGAGGCAUCCGCAGAGACUGGAGGCGAAAAUACGGAAAACGGUGAAGAACAGAGUAUCCUGCCAGAAGAAUCAACCUCUUCACCGCAUGAAGCCGUCAAGGAGGAUGCAAUGAAAGCAGAGGCAGAAAAGGAACCGAUUCCUUCAGAACCCAAUGAAGUGGUGGAACAAGUGAAUGGAACUGCUACCGCUACUCCCCAAGAAUAG